AUGCUCACGCCAACUGAGACGGUGUCGAUGGAAUGGGGUUUCUUCGUGCUGGCAUUUUCGUUCCUCCUCGCACGAUUCUGGGUCCGCGUCUCGCUUCGACAAUACCAGGCAUGGGUUUCCGAUGUGCUUCUGGUGGUGGCGCUCGUGUGCACAAUGGGGAACAUCAUGUGCGACACCCUCAUAUACAAGGUCGAUGGGCUGCUGGAGUACAAGCAUGUAACGCAGUACUUGGGUAAGGUCCGGUUCUCGACCAAGUUUUUCUUCGACGCUGGGUUGUACUUUCCGAAGUUCAGUCUCCUCAUGAACUACUCGACGAUGGUACCGCUGACGGAGCCGAGGAUGCGCAUGUUCCUGGGGAUCAUCGCCGUGUAUCUUGUUCUCGCCUGCCUGACAGCUAUCUUUGCCGACCUGUUCUGGUGCGGUGUAGACGUGUCGAUUAAUUGGCUGAACCCGCUGAAAUGCUCAUCCUUUUCCAAUCCCCACCUUCAGAAGGUGACGUGGGCCAUGAACAUACUUGGGGAGCUACUGCUUUUCAUCUUCCCAUUCCCGAUCCUGAAAAGCCUCAAGUUCACCGAGCUGAGGGAGAAGAUCGGGCUGGCGUUGAUCUUUGCGCUUGGCUUGUUCACCAUCCUCGUCAGCACUGGCCGGUUCAUGUUCAUGCUGUUCCUUACUAAUGACAUCUCCCUGAGUGUCUGGACAACAGUGGAAAUGUGUAUAUCGGUCAUGGUGGUGUCGCUGAUGGCCAUGCGACCGCUGCUCCGACGAUUCGGACACGCCGUGACAAAGACAAUUUCAAAGAUGACGGGGGACUCGUCGCAACAGCGGUACAAAGAGCCCAGGCUGCCGUCGUACAACGAGGAUAUAGAGCUGGGCGACAAGGAACCGUUGCCAUACAACACGGACAGGUGGUGGAAGUGGCCCGUGAAUCUCGAUGUAAACACCAUGUCGGUGACGACGACGACCCAAUCUGGCAGUUCAAGGACGCAACGGACGGGGACUUCGACACAACGGACGGGGACCUCGACACGGAUGUCGACCAAGGCUUCUCAUCUGUCUCGAAAUGGGACGCGGCAUGGCACUUCUGGGACGGGUUUGCGGCUGAGCGAGGAGCCCAUGGGUCUGUUGGAAAUGGACACUCGGGAGGUCCACGUGUACGAAAACCUCGUCAUCGAUAGCGACCAAGAAGGCCUGCCGUAUGGAGCGUGA